CCCUGGGCUGGUGGUACCCCCCCCCCCCCCCCCCUUCCCCCCCCCCCCCCCCCCCCCCCCCACACACAGUUCUACGUUUGCAUUCUUAUGUUUUGAGAGAUAUUUCUCUCUAAUCGUAAUGAUAUACACUUACUGAAACAUUUAAAAUGUUUCACGAUGUCCGUUUAUCUUUCAGAUGAAUAAACACAUCUAUGCUGACUGUCCAAUAUAUAUGUUAUGAGCGAACAAAAGACGGGUAAAAAGACUAGGCCUUUUUCUAGUCCUGACGCUACGGCAUACCUAGUCUUUGUCUCAAAAUGUCCUAGUACAUGACUAGUCCGAAUUAUCACACGUCAUCGAGGGUGAGGUGAGGGUGUGAGGGUUCGUGACUGAUUGCACUCUCUCAAAUCGUUUUUUCGUUCUUCCCGCUACCUUUAUUUUUUCCAGUGUAGCGGAUGUGUCUUGUUGCAAAGAAUGUUGCUCUCUCCGAGAUAAAACGACCAUCCCCGCGCUUGAUUUUAUCGUUUGAUUAGUGCACUGAGUGCGACAACUAUUCUUUUCUUUUCUCCUCUUAUCUUUGACGACCAUUCUUGUUUUUCAAUAUUUACUUCGAUUCUCAUUUUUUUACUCCUGAGGUGUACUGCUUCUUAGUGUCUCUCCACACCGAAAAAAAUGGUAGCGUAAAGAACGAAAAAAGCAAAAAUGAAAUUGAGUAUUGGCCUCGAUUUGCUUUUACACAUUCACGUUUGUCGAAGCGUAUGGUAUUGAGGUGAAACGUGUACAUGUGGAUUGUAUUUUUUCCGAGUUUUUUUUCUGAAUAAAACCAGUGAAAUUCUAAAAGAUACAGAAGUAUUUGCGAAAGUUUUGUAUUUCUUGAGUCAUUACCUUAUUGAUGUCAAGCAUACAUAUCGUCUUUGUCGCUUUGAAUCAGCCAGUAAUUACGCAAGCAAAGCGUACAAGAACAGCGUCAUUUUGUUUUCCUUUCAUGUUGAUAGUGACAAAGAACGCAAAAACAGUGAUGUCUUUUGAAUCGUUAGCAAACGAAUUAUUUCUCGAAGUAUUUAAAUAUCUUUCAACAUCACAUAUUUAUCAUGCAUUUCAUGGUCUGAAUAUUCGUCUCGAUGAACUUAUUCUUGAAUAUUUUCGAAAUUCUCAUCUGGAUUUUCGAUCGAUAUCGAAGCUUGAUUUUGAUAUUAUUGUUCAAGAAUAUUUGCCAGGUAUGCUGGAUCGAAUAACUUCACUUUGUCUGUCCGAUGAUGAUGAUACACCGGGACAAAUCGAUGAAUUUUUUUCACAUGGUUUAGAACUUCGUCAAUUGGUGAAUUUACAUUCUCUUUUUCUGAGUAACAUUCGAUCGGAGAGUAUCAUGGAUAAAAUCAUCUUAGAUUUACCAUAUUU